AUCAAGCAAAACCACAGAAGAAGACAAGCCGGAAGUGUUAUGAGGGAAUGAGAAGCCGAGUAGCAACAUUAGCUUUAAGGCUAACACAUGACAUGUCGCUUAGAAGCUGAACAGACCCCUAGACGGUCCGGUUCUGGCACGCGGGCCGUUCGUUUGGCACCCUUGUGUUAGCUGGACUGUUGAUAGUACGUUCCGUGCCCCGCCCCUCGGUUUAGGUGCUGCGCGGCGGCGGCGGCGAUGUCGCUGAUCGAGGGCGUGGGGGACGAGGUGACGCUCGUGCUGACGGCGCUGACGGCGGCGGUCGUGCUGCUGCUGGCCUGGACCUCCACCCGCACCUCGGAGACCCCGCACGCGCUCGCCACCCCCGGUGGCGCCGCCGCUUCUCAGACCGCCUCCCGCGCAGACGCGCCCGCCGCCUCCGCCCCGCCCCUCGUCGACGACAAGGACGGGGGCGGGGGGGCCGCGGGGAGGGAGGAGGAGGAGGAGGAGGAGGCGGGCGGCGACUCUCAGAGGAACAUGGCGAUCAGACUCAAGUUCCUGAACGACACGGAGAGGACGGCGCACGUCAAACCUCAGGACACCGUCGGAUACAUCAAGAGGACGUACUUCGCGGGGCAGGAGCGCCGCGUGCGCCUCAUCUACCAGGGCCAGCUGCUGCAGGACGACGGCGCCACGCUGGAGGCGCUCCGCCUGCCGCACAACUGCGUGCUACACUGCCACAUCUCGCAGCGGGCGGCGGCGGCGGCGGGGGGUCCGGCGGCGGCGGCGGCGGAGCGGGUCCGGGUGGCGCUGAACGUGGGCGGCCUGAUGGUGCCGCUGCUGGUGCUCGUGCUGGCCGUGCUGUGGUACUGCCAGAUCCGGUACCGCCACCUGUUCACGGCGCCCGCCUCCGCCUCGCUGCUCGGCGUCACCGUCUUCCUCAGCCUGCUGGCCUUCGGCGUCUACCGCCGCUAGACGCUUUCUCGGCGGCGGUCUUCAUCUUCUCUGUGCCUCUUUGACUUCGGUGUCUGCCACGAGAUGGCCGCCCGUCUGGAUGUUGACGAAAGAAAUUCUAUUAAAUCAUUUAUUGAAAAUCUA